UGUAUCGUAAUCGUAAUCUGAUUUCAUUUUGUGCACAAAAUUUGGAAAAUAUUAUUUCAAAUAAAUUUUGUUUAACAUCGUACAACAUGGGGAAAGGACGGAGAAAGCAUUUUCGACGAAAGCGGGACCAAGACAAACAAUCUGAAAAUAAGAAAACGGAGGGAAGGGGCCUUAGAACUGCUUACAAAGAUAUAAUAAAAGAAAAUGCAAAUUUUGAAAAGUAUUAUAAAAUUCAAGGCAUUGUACCACCAGAGGAAUGGGAUAGUUUCAUGAAGAGCCUUAGAGAACAUCUUCCUGCAACAUUCCGUAUAACAGGAUUCAGAGGUCAGGCUAAAGCUCUGCUUAACAUAAUUAAAGGAAAAUAUUUUCAAGAUUUAAUGAAUAUUAAAGAUGACAGUGCUGAUUCCUAUAAGCCAUUCAGUCUACCAUGGUAUCCUGAUGAAUUGGCAUGGCAAAUGAAACUAUCACGUGUCACUAUUAGGUCUUCUGAAUCUCUCAGACAGUUACAUAAUUUUCUAGUCUCUGAAACUGAUACGGGCAAUAUAAGUAGACAAGAAACAGUUAGCAUGAUUCCUCCUUUAUUACUAGGUGUAGAAUCGCAUCAUAAGGUUUUUGAUAUGUGCGCUGCUCCUGGUUCUAAAACUGCACAACUCAUUGAAUUUCUUCAUAAAGAUGAAGAAAAGAUACCAAAUGGCUUAAUUGUUGCGAAUGAUUUGGACAAUAAAAGAUGUUAUAUGCUUGUUCACCAAGCAAAGCGCCUCAACAGUCCGUGUCUUAUGAUUACAAAUAAUGAUGCUGCAAAUUUCCCAAAUAUUAAGAUAAAGGAGGGCGAAAAGCUUGUUAAUCUGAAGUUUGAUAGAAUCUUAUGUGAUGUUCCCUGCAGUGGUGAUGGAACACUUCGUAAAACGGCUGAAAUUUGGAACAAGUGGAAUGCAGCUAAUGGCAAUAAUCUGCAUGGGUUACAGUUACGUAUAUUGAGACGUGGCUUGGAGCUUCUUUCUGAUGGGGGCCGAAUUGUGUAUUCCACAUGUUCAUUGAAUCCUGUUGAAAAUGAAGCUGUCAUUGCAACUAUGCUUCAAGAAGCUAAAGGAUCAGUGGAGCUGCUUGAUGUUAGGUCAUCUUUACCUGGUUUGAAGUCUAAGCCAGGACUUUAUCAUUGGAAAGUUACUAAUAAAGAAUUGGAAGCAUUUGAAAAAUUUGAAGAAGUGCCUGAAAAAAAUCUGACUCAUAUACGUCCUCAUAUGUUCCCUCCAUCUGCAGAAGUAGCCAAAGAAUUGCAUUUAGAGCAUUGUAUACGAAUUUUACCACAUCAUCAAGAUACUGGUGGAUUCUUUGUUGCUGUCCUCCAGAAAAAUUCAAAACUACCUUGGUUAAAAGAUACAGAUAAUACUGAAGAAAAUUCAAAUCGAAGUCCUCCACCAAAAAAGAGAAAAAUAUGGGGUUACAAAGAAGAUCCAUUUGUAUUUUUAGAAGAUACAGAUGAACUCUGGCCUGAAAUGAAACAAUUUUAUAAAUUGAGUGAUUUUCCUACAUCUCAGCUUUUGAGUCGAAAUAAGGAAGGUAAAAAGAGGAAUAUUUAUUUUACUUCGGAACUAGUAAAAAAUAUAAUUCAAGAAAAUAAAGAUAAUGUGAAGAUAAUUAAUACUGGUGUUCGUAUAUUUUGCCGAAGUGAAAAUAAAGACACAACUUGUAAAUAUCGUCUUACGCAAGAGGGUAUAUCAACAAUCCUUCCUUUUAUGAGUGAACGAAAGAUGGACAUUAAAGUUGAUGAUUUGAUUGUUUUACUGACUAAUGAGUACCCAGCACAUACACUCUUCACAGAAGAAACACAGAAAAAAUUAGCUGAAACAAAAUCUGGUUGCCUUGUUCUAUGUUAUACUGGAAAUGAAGGAGCUGAGGAUGAAUUUAAAAUAGAGCUUUGUGGAUGGAAAGGAAAUCAAACUCUGAGAUGUUAUAUCCCAAAAGUUGGAAGAGCUCAUUAUUUAAGGAUAUGUGGAUACGAUGUUUCACAGUUUGAAAUGAGAGAGAAAAAGAAAUUCAAAAUAAAAGAUGAAAAUGAAGAUGGCACAGUAGAGGAAGAUGAUACAGAAAUGCCAGUUGAAGAUCAAGACACUGCAGCUGACAUGUCUGAUAAGGUAAAUGAGCUAGGCAUUAAUGGAGCUUCAAUCAAAACCACAAAUGAAGAGUUGACUGUAAAAAGUUGAUUAUUGUAUGCAAUAUGCACGUGAAAAAAAUAUAUUUAUUUUAUAAAAAAAAAUAUUUAU